UAAUACAAUAAUAUUAAAAUUUAAUAAAGAGCAUAAAUAUAUGUCAGGAAGCUGUAGAAAAUUACCUUAUAUUCGAAUACAACCUUCUACCUUACAGCCCUCUAAAUGUUUAGAGGACUAUAGUAAGCCUAAAUCCAAAAGAGGUUUAUUUAAAUUUCGUAAGUCUCCUCCUGUAAUUAAAGAAAAACCUACAAAUUGCGAAAAGAUUGAACCUAUAAAAGUAAAACCAUCUUUUUGGGAACGUAUUUUUGGAAUUCACUCAAAGAAAUCUUGUCCACCAUUAUGUGUCUGUCCAAUAACUUAUCAGAAACAAAUGGCAUUGCGCAAGCAAGAUCCACGUUUGUUAAAUCCAUGUUAUCAAUUAACUCCUGGAGAUGUGCUAAUUUAUACAGAAAUAAUUAAAACUAAAAACCAUGAAUGUCCUGAACCACAGCCGAAACCACACCAUCUGUAUAAACUUCCUAGAGCUGUCUUAAGUAAAACAAUCAUAGCGAAUAUUGAAAAAAAAUUACGUCCUUAUUCUGCAUUACAAUGUCGAAAUCAUAACUGCAAAAGUAAUAAAUUUCAAAUAAAUCCAAUUCCAUUCAAAGAAAUGAGACCAAUGGAGAAAGAAAAAUGUGCAUUCACUUGUAAAGAUGGAAUUGCGACUAAUAAUAUAAUGCAACCUUUUAAUACAAAAAUGAAUCCAUAUGGAAUAUCUUUUGUAAAAGUCAUAAGAAAUCCCAAACAUUCAUUAAGCCAAAAUUUACAAACAAAAUCAACAUGUGAAACUGAAAGAGUAUCAGAUGAAAAGAUAAAGGAUCAAAAGGAUGAUUUACAGUUGAACGACAUAAAAGAUCGAUAAUUCAAACAGAUUACGAUUAAAAACAGUUAUUUACAUAAUUAAAAGAUUAUUCGAGAACAGUAGAAAUUCUGUGAUCUUGUGAAAUUAAUUACUUGCUAGUUUAACUGUUUUCAAUUAAAAAAAAAAGCCCUUGCUCGUGAGUAUCAACCCUUACACGUAUACGUGUAAAUACAGACCAAUAAUAUAUUUAUUUCAUUGCAAAGGUUACUUUCGAAAUAAUUAUUAAAAUAAAUAUUGAGUCAGUAUUUAAAAAUUUCAUGACAAAGUCGAGAAAGAGCUAAAAAUUGUAGGAAA